AAUCAAUGCAAUGCAAUAUCAGAUAUCUAAAUAAUCGUUAAUCCAUACAUAAGGAAAAUAUAUGGUAAUCUCGUUCACCAUGACUAAAAUAUGCAAAGGUCAAGACAAUCUUGUAAUGUAAAACACAGAAAUGACUUCAACCAUCACCCGGGGAAACAACACAAGCAUAUGACAACAAGAACCACUGCGUACUCAAGUAGCACUUAAUUUGCGGUAUUCCCGAUAAUUUUUGUGAAGUUGGUGGGGACAAAACCGCGUGCGAGUAGAAAAACAGCUUAGAUGAUCGCCGAUCAUUUGUAUAAACACAGCAGAUCAUUAGCAAUCUAUCCGAUUUCAAAGUCAAGGUGAAUCAAAUGCAUCCUGGUAGAUAUUCCAGUGGAUUUCUGCUAAAGUAACGACCAGCUCAACCAAUCAGGAUGGCUUUUUAUUUGGUCACAUUCCUUACGAUAACUCUCAUCAUCUCAACUUUUGCACAAAUCCCCGGCUACGUUGAGGUCACUUCCGAAGGGAAUGAUGGUGGAUUAGGCAGGAUUGCAAGAUGUGGAGAGAAUGGAGAAAGGAAAAUGUGUGUCAAAUAUUACCAGUGUGACCCUAACACCAGGACGGUUGAUAAAAGUGGCGCUACGGAUGGAUUUGGGAUCAUUGAUAUCAGAAUAGCCCAAAACGAAUGCUACGACACUUUGGAAGUAUGCUGCAACCUUCCGGACGACGGCAGCCUUGAUCCCGCCCCCAAGAACCCAGAUACGCCCCCAGCGACUCCGCGACCUCCCCCACCAACAUCUAGGCCACCACCUCCACCUACCUCAAGGCCACCCCCACCACCCACGCAACGUCCAAAUCGACCAACAGGAUGCGGCCAUCGGAACGCAGACGGCAUAGAUUUCCGAAUCGCAGGCGCCGAAAACGGAGAGGCGGAGUACGGAGAGUUCCCGUGGAUGGUCGCUGUGAUGAAGAGGGAGGAGCCUGAAGAUGGGCGUGGCUUGCUGUGUGGAGGAUCGUUGCUUAGUGAUAGGGUAGUCUUGACGGGAGCACAUUGUGUACACAAGCUUGGCCCAAGGUACAUAAAAGUCAGAGUAGGAGAAUGGGAUACCCAGUCUCAAUCGGAGAGGCUACCUCAUCAAGAAAGGGACGUGAGUUCCAUCAUAUCUCAUGAAGACUUCAAUCCUAGCACUCUGUUCAACGAUAUGGCCCUGUUGAUAUUGGAAAGACCAGUCGAACCAGCCUCACAUAUUGGAACAAUCUGCCUGCCAAUGCAGGACCAAGAGAUAGAAUCUAGUAGCUGUUUUGUCACAGGAUGGGGAAAAGACGCUUUUGGUUUAAAGGGUAAAUACCAAGCCAUAUUGAAGAAGAUUGAACUCCCUACAGUAGAGUUCCAACAGUGCCAGGCAAGCUUAAGGAAGACUCGGUUGGGGCGAUUCUUCAAACUUGACAAGAGCUUCAUGUGCGCUGGUGGGGAGAACGGAAGAGAUGCAUGUACUGUAAGUCGUUUUAGACGGAAGCUAAAAAAAAAUGUUUAUAAACUGUUUCUUCAAUACUAGGCUAUUUCCUCAAGUUAACCGUGCCACGUGCUGUCAGUUCUUGCUACUCAUAUUUCCUCGAGCCGUGGUCCAUCAAAGAUGAGCACCGUGCCCGACUUUCUUCUAAAGAUUGUCGAAUGGAGACAGUUGAUAGUAAAGGGUUUUCCAUUAAGGACUUGACAAAUUUCUUUUUAAAUAAAACGCAAACCAUUUGAGAUAUCUAUAAAAUUUUAUUAUUGGAUUGGAGUAUACUCAAAACAUUUAUGUAUGGAAUUUGACCUCGUUCAUAGGUCCAAUUACGGUAGUAAAUUUUAAUUAAUUGUAAGCGUUGUUCGUUCGUGUACUGUUUUCUUUACUGAAUGUUUUGACAUUGACAGUUCAGUAAUUGAUUUAAAGGUGCGUUCACAGUGAAAGUUCAGAGUUGUCAAGUCCCUAUUGGAAAUCCCGAUAUUUAUGGAUCAUUUUUUCGAUUUUUCUUCUAGGGUGAUGGUGGUAGUCCUCUAGC